UCUAGAGUUCUCACGUCCAUUUCGCGUCAGACGAUAUCGCAACGGCGGGACGCAUCGUGCAAGCAACCCAGCAGCGUGCAAUCGGCAGGUAGUUGCCCGAGACCCGGCCCGAAAUUCGUCGUUAGACUGGUACCGUUUGUCGUGACCAACCACCGAGCGUCGUCUGCAGAUUCGUCGAGUGAAACGCAGCAUCAAAAUGUCACGUCUCACGGUAGCGUUGCUGCUGAUUUCCCUUCACGCGGCGUCCGUUUACGGAAUGGAAUGUACCUUUGAAAGCAACAAGAAUUUCUUGGAGAAAAUUUUGACUACCUGUCCAAGACCAUUGAUAGAUCCAUCCGAGAAUUCCUACUGCUGCUUCGACCUGUCUACCGAGAAGCCCUAUUGUUGCAAUGCCGCGGAGUUUGCGAGGACUGGGCUUGGUAUCAUCUUGCCGGUGGUGAUCGCAGCAGCUAUAGUUAUCGGGCUAAUAGUGUGCUGUAUAUCCUGUCUCUGCUGCACCAGCUGCCCGUGGUAUCGCCGUCGUCAAGGCACUGUCUACGGAAAAGUUCAGGCACCUGUUGUGCAAGUAAUUCAGCCCCAGGCAACUAUUCCACCCAGCUACAGCCAACCUGCUCAAAACUAUGUUCCAUACCCAAUGGGCUCGACAGGGAUGCCGCAACCCCCACCGUACAACGAGGCGUAUGCUAAACAGGCUCCGUACAAUCCUGCUUAUCCAUCGCAGCAGUGAUCUUCCCAGUUAUUAUAGUUGCCAUAAUUAAUAGUUAUCGAUGAACGGUUUACGAGGUUCUUUUCUACCGUACGAGCGAUCCUCGAAUUUCAACAAAAGUCAAUACAGCAAAGAAUACGUUGUGUUCAUGUAAUAUCGCACCACGAUUGUGAUUUAUGCUUGUACGUAUAUGCGUGGGCGAUUUACCACCAGGCCAUAGACACUCUCGCGCAAAUUUUUACUGUUUACAGGUUACAGUUACGUUUUUCUUACUCAAUAGAUUGUCCGACAAAAGUGCUUGAUACUUUUAUCAUACUUUUACAUGUUUGUUAGAAAUAUAUUCUCAAAAAAUAGUUUAUAAAUCCAUUUUACGAAAACGGAUAGAACAAGUUUCAUGAAAUACUCUCGAUAAAAUAUAAAUUUAACAAGGAAAAGAAGAAAUAUAUUAUUAAGCUAUUAAACUUUGUAUAGCACUAAAAUACUCUAGACCCUAGAGGAAAGAUCUAAUAUUGUAAAUAAAAAUGAUGUCCCACACGAGCUUCAGCAGAUUAAGAAUCCUGUAUAUUUAUCGCAAUGAUAUAUUGAAUUAUGAAAUGAUAUUUUUCGUUUGAAAGGUAUAAGAAGGAAAAUUUCUGUACGAUAUAAUACUAAUCGUAUAUCGUCAAACGCGGAUGGUGACACAUGACAAAAUGUAUUUUGAUACGUAAUAUAAAAAAAAAGUUUCAA